GUGCUGAGUGUACAGUAUGAGAAGACAUAACAGGUACGACUUCUCGGCGACUGGACAAUUUCACUUUCUGACAGCGCUUGCAGGACAUCAUAUUUAAAGUAGUUCAAUUAUCAAAGAAAAACCUCUGACGUUCGCCCGACUAUUAUUCCUUUGUGGGUGUUUCUGAACGGUGUGAACUAUUUUAGGAUACUGACAUGUUCAUAAGCAGAAUGGAUAACGGUAUCUUCGUCGGAGUACUAUAACCAAUGGAAAAAGACCGGCACUUGCCGUCUGAUGUUAGUUUUACAGCUGAGCUCCAACACUCACUGAUCUGGAUACAUCUUGUUUUACAUUAUCGAGUGUGAAAUAUUAAUCAAUGGAAUCAAUCGGGAAGUUUGAGUUCAACAGGAAAGAUCUGAUUGGUCAUGGUGCCUUUGCGGUGGUGUUCAAAGGCAGACAUAAAGAGAAACAUGAUUUGGAAGUAGCUGUCAAGUGCAUCAACAAGAAAAACUUGUCCAAAUCACAAGCUCUUUUGGGAAAAGAGAUAAAGAUACUAAAGGAACUGAAACAUAAGAACAUUGUUGGACUUCUUGACUUUCAGGAAAUGGGAGGCUGUGUGUAUUUGGUCAUGGAGUACUGCAAUGGAGGGGACCUGGCAGAAUACCUACACUCUAAGGGCACGUUGAGUGAGGACACCAUCCGGGGUUUCCUGCAGCAGAUCGCAGGGGCCAUGAGGAUUCUGAGGAUCAAGGGUAUCUUACACAGAGACCUCAAGCCCCAGAACAUUCUGCUCUGUCACCCUGAGGGGCGCAGGUCCAGCCCCAACAACACCUGCAUUAAGAUAGCUGACUUUGGAUUUGCUCGUCACCUCCAAACGAACACUAUGGCCGCCACGCUUUGUGGCUCUCCUAUGUACAUGGCUCCUGAGGUGAUCAUGUCACAGAACUAUGAUGCCAAAGCCGACCUGUGGAGCAUCGGAACUAUCAUCUACCAGUGUCUGACUGGCAAGGCCCCGUUCCAGGCCAACAGCCCCCAGGAGCUGCGUCUCUUCUACGAGAGGAACAGGACCAUCCUGCCCAGCAUCCCUCGGGAGACGUCCAGUCAUCUGAGACACCUCCUCCUGGGUUUGCUGCAGAGGAACCAUAAAGACCGCAUGGACUUUGAUGCAUUUUUUCACCACCCUUUUUUGGAGUCGAGUUCAACCGCAAAAAAAUCGGCCCCGGUGCCCAUGCCAGCCUACCGCAGCUCCGGCGCCUGCUCUGGAAGCUCAUCCAGCGGCUCCUCCAACUCCCACCUCGCCUCCCCUCAACAUUCCAAUGAAGAGAUGCAGAGGAUCCAGGCUAAAGUCCCACCUUCGCCGACCCGGGAUGCACCUGGCUUCCAGGUGAAGGCCACGGCCAAUCACAACAGCGGGAUUGCCUCGUUUGACACGGAGGACUUCGUCAUGGUGCCUGCCCAGUUCCCCAGUGAGAUCACAUGUGACAGGGGAGAUGGGUCACCUGCCCAGGGCAGCAUGGUGUACAACGCCUGUUCCCUGCUGGCUGCCGAGGCUUUGGGGAGUUUGGGCAGGACUCCCCCGCCCUCCCCAUCCUCACGCUGCCCCCCUAAUCCUCUUAGCCAACCUGCUGAGUUCACUGGGAGCAGCUACAGCCAGUCUGUGCCGGUUCCUGUCCCCACACAGAUACACAACUACCAGCGCAUGGAGCAGAACCUGCACCCUGCCGGCCUGCAUGGGUCAACCAGAGCCACUCUGUGCUGUGUCGGUAGUGGCGGAGGUGGCGGCGGUCCAGGUUGUGAUCGACCCUCGGGCCCCGCCCUGACGCCGGGCUCCCGCAGGCUGUCAGCUGACGGCGUGGGGCCCCAGCCUCCCUGCCCGCGAGUGGGUAGCGCCCCGAGAAGCCCGGAUCAGACUGGACCUCUGAGCACCAGGACAGGCCAGCUCUCAGGCUCCCCAGGCCCUGAACACAGCCCUGCCUGUGUGUACAAGCUCCGGAGGAGAAGAUCAGACGCCAUUGCACCUGGCUCCCUGAGCUCCAAGUCUGCAUCUCCAUUAGAGAGGCCCCCCAGCUGUCAGACCCUGACCCCAGGGCCCCUGGCCUCUCCGCAGGGCUCUCCUCUGAGGCCUGCACACACGGUCCCGGACCUGAAGACUCUGGGCUUGUCCCCUGGCAGCCAGCCCAGCCACAUCAGCCGCAACACAGGGAAGAGGAAGGGCUCCUUCAAAAGGUCACUGAGUACAGGUCGUCUGUCUGACAUGCUGCUGAAGGCUGCUUUCGGAGCCCAGCUACUGGAGGGAGGGAGUGAUGACAGCCUGAACUCUGAGAAGCCCAUGGACACAGCAGCGCCACCUAGUGUUCCGGGUGCAGUAGUGUUCACUGUAGGAUCUCCAUGCAGAGAAAACACCUCACCGAACGCCACUUACACCAGGAGACUCGCAGGGGGCCUGCUACAGUCCCAUCAGCUCAGUAGCCGUCUGCUCCAGAGAGGAGCCCCCAGAGAGAGGGACGCUCCCCACCAGCGACCCCUCUCCGACCCCAUGGCUGUCUCCCCUCACAGCUGCACCACCUUUGACCCUCCGGAGCUACCAGAGGAGACACUAAUGGGGAUGGAUCACACGGAUGGUCUGAGCAACCUGCACUUUACCCUGGCUUUCGUCCACUGUGUCAUGGAGAUCGCCUGCUCCAAAGACCCAGCGCUGGAGGCCAGUGACACCCCAGAUGUCUCCUUCCUACAGCAGAGCCUGCUGGCCGAUCAGAUCAGCAUUCUGAGCCGAGAGUGGAGCUAUGCAGAGCAGCUGUUGCUGUACAUGAAGGCUGCGGAGUACCUGUCAUCUGCGUUGCACUCUGCCAUGGAGGACAUUCGACAGGGUCGACUCUUCCCCUCCUCCACAGUCAAGCAAGUGGUGAGGCAGCUGAACGAGCUGUACAAGAGCAGCGUGACUUCCUGUCGCUCGCUCAGCAGCCGUCUCCAUGGUUUCCUGCUCAACAAGCAGAGGCUGAUGGACUGCCUCAGCAACCUCACAGCGGAGAAGCUCAUCUACAGUCACACCAUGCACAUGGUCCAGUCUGCAGCGUUAGAUGAGAUGUUCCAUCACGGACAAGCGUCCAUCCAGCGCUACCACAAAGCCCUUCUGCUCAUGGAGGGCCUGUCCCUGGUCAUCACGGAGCAGGCAGACAUCGAAAACAUCAGCAAAUGCAAGCAGUGCAUAGAACGUCGCCUGUCCGCUCUGCAGACUACGCAGUGUGCAUGAGCUCCACCACUGCAACCAGUGUGCGAAUUACGGGUGGGGUUUUGAGGGGUCUGACCCCCCUAAUUGAGACUUGCCCCCCCCCCAAAGAGCUAAAAGCAACAGGUCGGGGGGGUCGAUACAUGCCCUGGAGAAGAAGUUGACCCCCCCGAUUGUCAUUGUAUAAUUCGCACUCUGAGUGCAACCACAUUAUAAGCUGCAAGCACCGUCUCUCUUGAAUGAUGACAGGACCCCCCCCCCCCCCCACCACCCUCAGAAUGUUGAUACACAGAAGCACUUUGAACAAAGCAUGUUCCGGAACUACUUGAUCACUGUCACGGCCGAUCUCUACCCAAGGAUCAUGUCAUUGUGACUAUAGAGAGCAGGAGAAGUGGUCCGUUUCAUUACUUGAUCUUGUCGGGUUCCUACGGGAUGACAGUUGUUUUGUGCAUGUUUGUGAAUAUGCUUUGGUAUGGUUUGCAGAGGCCUGACGUGAGUUUAUGGUUUAUGUUCAUAAACCAUAUAUAUAUCAUAUGUAUCAGACACUUGUAAGGUGCUUAUCAGAGAAGGUCAUUGUCUUCUCAAAUUAACUUGUUUGUUGUUCUACUUGAACAGAGUCCUAACCGAAUGUCCACUCUAUUUUCCCUGGGUGAUUGUGAGUGAAUGUGAGACCAAGUAUUGCCAAUGUGUAGCAAAAAGAACAAACAUUAUUACUAUGCCUGUGUUUUAUAUCAAUUGUAUUUCUUAUUAAAGUUUGUGAUUUGACACCAGU